GGCAGCCCCACCCCCGCCUCCCCCAGGAGCAUCCCCGGCAGCAGCAGCCAGCACAGCGCCUCCAGCCUCCAGAGCAGCCGGGAGAGCCUCAACUCCUGCGGCUUUGUGGAAGGCAAGCCCAGGCCCAUGGGCUCCCCGCGGCUGGGCAUCGCCAGCCUGUCCAAGACAUCAGAGUACAAGCCGGCCAGCUCUCCCUCCCAGAGAUGCAAAGUCUACACCCAGAAGGGCGUCCUGCCUUCUCCUGCCCCCCUGCCUCCACUGGGCAAGGAUUCCAGCCUGGUCUCCAGCGAAUCCCUGCUGCAGCCCGAGGUGCGCACCCCCCCAGUGGGAAUGAGCCCCCAGGUUUUGAAGAAAUCCAUGUCUGCAGGGAGCGAGGGGUACCCCGAAAGCCCCGGCGACGACGAGCCCCAGGCAGCGACUUCUCCAGAUUCCAAGAAGGAGAUCCUGAGCACCACGAUGGUGACGGUGCAGCAGCCGCUGGAGCUGAACGGCGAGGACGAGCUGGUGUUCACGCUGGUGGAGGAGCUGACCAUCAGCGGGGCCCUGGAUGGCGGCCGCCCCACCAGCAUCAUCAGCUUCAACAGCGACUGCUCCGUGCAGGCCUUGGCCUCGGGCUCCCGGCCCGUCAGCAUCAUCGGCAGCAUGAGCGAGGACGUGGAUGGCUACUCUGGCGUGGCGCCCGUCUCUGAGGUCAGCAUCACCCAGUUCCUGCCCCUCCCAAAGCUGACCCUGAACGAGAAGGCCUGCGAGGCCGGGAGCAGACGUUCGUCCAUUAGCUCCUGGCUGAGCGAGAUGAGCGGCGGCAGCGAUGGCGAGCAGUCCUGCCACAGUUUCAUAGCCCAGACGUGCUUCGGGCACGGGGAGGCCAUGGCAGAGCCCCCGGCCUCGGAGCUCGUCGGCAGCAUCCAGAACGGCGCCGUGGUGUGCCGGGAGAAGCCCAAGGCGGGCCCCGAC